CUCUCUCUCUCUCUCUUUCUGUCUCUGGCGCGCAGGCGCGCGCCCGGAGGGCCCCACCGCCCCGCGCCCCCGGACCCAAGAUGAGCUUCCUCUUCCGAUCUUCCAAAACGUUCAAACCAAAGAAGAAUAUUCCUGAAGGGUCACAUCAGUAUGAGCUCCUGAAGCACGCGGAAGCAACCUUGGGCAGUGGAAAUCUCAGACAAGCCGUCAUGUUGCCCGAAGGAGAAGAUCUCAACGAGUGGAUCGCAGUCAACACUGUCGAUUUCUUCAAUCAGAUCAACAUGUUAUACGGGACCAUCACUGAAUUCUGCACGGAAUCAAGUUGUGCAGUGAUGUCCGCAGGACCAAGAUAUGAAUACCACUGGGCGGACGGGACCAAUAUAAAGAAACCAGUCAAGUGCUCCGCUCCAAAAUACAUCGACUACUUGAUGACCUGGGUACAGGACCAGUUGGACGACGAGACCCUCUUCCCUUCCAAGAUCGGGGUCCCGUUCCCUAAGAACUUCAUGUCCGUGGCCAAGACGAUCCUGAAGCGGCUGUUCCGGGUUUAUGCCCACAUCUAUCACCAGCACUUCGACUCCGUGAUCCAGCUGCAAGAAGAGGCCCACCUCAACACCUCUUUCAAGCACUUUAUCUUCUUCGUUCAGGAGUUCAACCUGAUCGACAGACGUGAGCUGGCCCCCCUGCAGGAACUCAUCGAAAAGCUCGGCUCCAAAGACAGAUAAAAGGCUCCGCGGGAGACGUCCGCUUUCAGAUCCCGGAGGGGUCCGCUCCUAUCCGCUUCCUCUACCACUGCAGCCGCUUCCUUGCCAUUCCUCGACCGGUUAGUGACGGCGACGCAGGGCAAAUGGUCAAGCCCACCCCGGCGACGACGGCGGUUUAGAGCACGUGGUCCCGAAGAGGAUUCGGCGUCGGCCUGGUGCUACGGGUCCCGAGGGUCCCGUUUUAGGCCCCUUCCGUCGCCCGCGGGGCUGAAAUUCGUCAGUCGGACACCCGCUUUCUUGUAAAUAGCCGCACCGCUCAGUCUCUUUUCCAGCUUCCGCAGCCGAGGAGGAAAUCUACCCCUCCGUGUCAGGAGAGGGAAGUCGGGGGGGACGGUCGGAAUUCCUUCCUAGCGGCAGUUUGCCAAAAUGGUUAACCUCCCGAGAAGUCGUGGACGGUCGGAAUUCCUUCCUAGCGGCAGUUUUUAUCGGUUUUAACCUCCCGAGAAGUCGUGGACGGUCGGAAUUCCUUCCUAGCGGCAGUUUUUAUCGGUUUUAACCUCCCGAGAAGUCGUGGACGGUCGGAAUUCCUUCCUCGGGGCAGUUUUUAUCAGUUUUAACCUCCCGAGAAGUCGUGGACGGUCGGAAUUCCUUCCUUGCGGCAGUUUUUAUCAGUUUUAACCUCCCGAGAAGUCGUGGACGGUCGAUAUUCCUUCCUAGCGGCAGUUUUUAUCGGUUUUAACCUCCCGUUUCUAUCUUUGAGACACUUUCACAAAGCCUACCUACCGGCAGUUUGCCAAAAUGGUUCACCUCCCGUUUUUAUCCUUGACACAUUUUCAGAAAGCCUUCCUGGCGGUAGUUUGCCAAAGUGGUUCAUCUCCCGUUUUUAUUUUUGAAGCAUUCUCAUAAAGCCCUCUGCUAAAUUCCCAUAGCAAGUUCUUAGAAACUUUUCGCUUCCCAUCGGAUGAUGCCCUUGCUCUUUCGAAGCUGGACGUCUCGGUAUUCCGUUUUUUAAACUAGUCGAGUCACCUCCCGUUUUUAUCUCCGAGACAUUUUCAGAAAGCCUUCCUGGCCGUAGUUUGCCAAAGUGGUUCAUCUCCCGUUUUUAUUUUUGAAACAUUCUCAUAAAGCCCUCUGCUAAAUUCCCAUAGCAAGUUUUUAGAAACUUUUCGCUUCCCAUCGGAUGAUGCCCUUGCUCUUUCGAAGCUUGACGUCUCAGUAUUCUGUUGUUUAAACUAGUCGAUCGUUUUUAUUUCUUUUUACACUCGUGCCGGCCUGUUACCGAUGGACAUUGAUGCCUGUGGCUUUUUUUUAAAAAAAUAUAUAGAAUCAGGUCAUAAAGAGGCAAUCAAGCGUUGAUGCAGUAAACAGCCGAAUGAAUUUUUAUAAUUACUUUUAAGACAGCGAUGCUCUUGGGGCUUGUCGUGACGCCGGACAUAGUCUGCCCAAGGGCCUGGGUGGUUUGGUUUGCCUUGUUUGGUUGGAAUUCAAUAAAUUCAAUUCGAAUUGAAUACGAAUAUUGAAUAUUCGUAUUCAAUAAAUACGAUUGAUUGAUUCUAAAGAUUAGGUUGGCAUCAGUCCAGAUUCCUCUUCUCCCGAGGGAACGUGGGGGGAGAGCAUUCUAGGAAAAGAUGGCAUUAUAAAGCCUCCUCUUCCUGACGUUCCAACUUUUUUCAAGCGCUCGCUGUGGGAAAAACUACUUUAAAAAAAAAAAAAAAUAAAUGCUUGAAUGAUUUUCAGUUUUAGCUUCCUGGGUUCGAAGUCUCCGUUUUUAGAUGCACUUUGGAUUUGCCUUCGAGCCUCAGGAAGACUUUUAGGCCGGGGUGGGAAGACGCGGCCGGGAGGAUUUGAGCGGCGAGAUGGAGGAGAGACACAAAGCAAGGAAUCCCAGAGGACGCGAGCAGUCGAUCGUAUUUCAGUCGUAUUUAUUGAGCGCUUACUGGGUGCGGAGCACUGGACUAAGCGCUUGGGAAGUACAAGCGAGCAGGGAAGUAAGGUUUUGAUUUGAACGGCGGGGACACAAGACAGUCGCAGCUCGGAGGGCUGCUAUCCAGGCUUUGCCGGGCUCCUGAAAAACCAAGCCAACAAACCAGGGCCUGAUUGAAUGGUGUUGAAUUGAACGUGCCAGGCACUGUGCUAAGCGCUGGGAUAGAUAAUGAGCUAAUCAGGCUGGGCAUUGCCCCUGUCCCUUAGGGGCCUCACAGCUUCUAUCCCCAUUUGACAGACAAGGGAACUGAGGCCCAGAGAAGUGAAAUGACUCGCCCAAGCUCACCUAGCAGACAAGGGGCGGAGCAGGGAUUUGAACCCAGCUCCUGCGACCCUCUAGCUCCGGCUCGAAAGAGAGAGGGGCCAACCGAAACCUAAAGCGGGGCUUUUCCUCUUGAUCUGGCCGGGAAAACCCGAGUAUGUCCCCUUUCAUUCCUUCUUUAGUGGUAUUUGUUAAGCACUCACUAGGCGC